AUCGUAUGGAAAAAAGAAGGCUCCUUUCUGGUUUCUUCUUGUCCAAGUUGAAGCUGAGACUCCCAAUUCGUCUCGCGCUCGCUCCCGCUUCAGCCUCCCUCCCAUCUCUCCGCCGAUUAGAUGGCCAAAUCCGGAACCCUGCUAUCCGAUUUGGCAAGGGUACCGCCAGAUUUCGGCGAAUUCUGGCGGGAAGGCGCCGGCGGUGGUUGGGCGACGACGGUCGUUGUGCUCCUCCUCUUCGCGUGGCAGCUCCUGCGGCUCUUCUUCUCCCGUCGUCGCCUCCGGGCGGCCUCCAGAGCUCCGGAAUCGUCGCCGGCGUCCGCCACAACGACCGAUUCUGAAGAAGGUUCCUCGGCUGGAUUAUCUGAGCUUAUAUCCGAUGCUGAUCUGAGAGAUUUGAUGAUUAGUUUGGAGGGAAAGCUCCAAGAGAAUGAGAGAUGGGAAGAUGUGAUUGAAAAAAGCACUGAUCUUGUGUCCUAUAAAGCAAAGUGCUUCCGCCCAAAAGAUGGUCCACCAAAAUACCUUAGUGUUACAACAUUCAAGCAAUGUUCCACGGAGCUAUUAAGAGAUUUCUACAUGGACAAUGAAUACAGAAAAAAGUGGGACAAGAUUUUGAUCCAGCAUGAGCAACUGCAGGUUGAUGAAAAUAGUGGGACAGAAAUUGGACAAUCCAUAAAAAAGUUUCCUCUCAUGACACCAAGGGAAUAUAUACUAGCAUGGCGUGUGUGGGAAGGAAAAAACAAAACUUUCUAUUGCAUUAUUAAGGAUUGUGAGCAUCCUCUGGCUCCACGACAAAAGAAAUAUGUUCGUGUUGGUUUUUUCAAAUCGGGUUGGCGUAUAAAACAAGUUCCUGGUAUCGAUGCGUGUGAGAUAACUAUGGUGCAUCAAGAAGAUGCUGGCCUCAAUGUUGAGAUGGCAAAACUGGCAUUUGCUAAGGGAAUAUGGAGCUAUGUGUCAAAGAUGAACAGUGCACUGCGUGAAUAUUCAUCCUUCCCCAGUCACUUGACCAUGGUCCCUACGCUUCUUAGACUUAUUAAAAAGGUCCCACCAAAGUUGGAGACCUGUGCUGAAACAAGUAUGCAAGAAGCUCCAGAGAAAUUAGGAACUGUCUUUGGCGGACAGAGUAGAGUGGGUUUAUCGCAGAAGACACCGUCGAGAUCUUCAAAAAAGUGGAUAGCAAAUGGGCUUUUGCUCCUUGGUGGCGUUGUAUGCCUUUCACGAGGCCGCUCUACCAUCGGCACCCAGGUGGCCAUUGCAUGCAUUUUGAAGAAGCUGAUGAAGCGUAGAACAGAAUCAUGCCAAGUUGAGUCUACCCAAUUCAGACCAAAUAGACGAAAAACCAGAAGAGAUGGUUGACGUUGAUCGAUCGUCCUUCUUUGGCCUGCUCCAAGUCCAGCCUUGCAUGAGUGCUAAUUUCUCCAAUGUUACAGUUGUCUAACCUUCAUGUAAUUUCUUCAUGCUGUCGUUGAUACAUAUUUUCUUUUUUGCUCAGAUGUAAAAAAGGAACAGCAGUAUUGUAUCACAUCACAUUAAAAGGUCAUUUAGUCA